AUGGAGAGGUUCCAGAACAUGACGCGCUCGGCCAUGCGGCGGGCCUCCAACAUCGAGGUGAAUCCUCAGGCCAAGCGCAACCUGCAGGAGCUCUUCAUCAACUUCUCGCUCAUCCUCGUCUGCCUGCUCCUCAUCUACAUCAUCAUCCUGCUCAUGUAA